AUGAAGCUCGACCAGGGUCCCUUCGGCGCGCUGCGCGCCAAGAGCCGCUCGCUACGCCACAAGAACGAUCGCACUCGAAUUCAAGCAUCUUCUACGAUUGCCUGCGACGGCACCUUGACAUCGCCCACUCUAGCUCAACACUGCCACUCCCACGAGGAUCUGACAGCCACUGACGGCUCUUCUCGCACCAUGUGUGCUGACAAGGUCGCCCAUCACCACCACCAUGCUUUGGGUCAUCACGACGACUUCUCGAACAACAGCCCCGUCCUUCUUCGCGGCGACAAGGAGCUGCACGACCCCAAUUUCGUACGUCACAACUGGGAGAUGAUGACCGGCGAAUCGACGUAUCCGGACAAUCAGCUUCACAUUGGACGCGCUGCAUCACCACACCUCACGAGCCGACGAAGCACGCUCUCGUCUCGAACCGGCAGCUCGCGCCCAUCGUCUCGCUCCGGCAGCGAGGCAGGCGGCCACCAUACUCCGAGCUUCGGUCUGGGUGUCAAUGCAUUCUCGGGUCUCGCGAGCUACUCGAAAGGUGGCUCCGUGGGACGUGCCGGCGGUGCACGCUCAUCUUCGUCCAUGCGCGGUCUUCAGGUGGAAGGCUCGAUUCUGCGUGAUGAGGAGGCUAUCCUCGACAGCGAUGAUGACAGCAGCGACGAUGAGGAUGAGGACGGUUACAGGGAGGUCAGGUAUGCUUCCUACCACAUCCCCACGUCGCGCCCCGCGUCGCGACGUACAAGCCCCGCCCCGCGAUCGCCGCUGUUCAGCGGUCCACCUUCGCCUGCGCUCGCGCACACAUUUGAGCAACAGCAGGCAACUGCAUACCACCGCCGUCGACACUGGACCGUAGCAGAGGGCAGCCAGGCUUCCAAUGGAGCUGGCGUCCACGCUUUGCCCGCCCACAUGCCACGAGGAGGCCCUCCUGCGGCCAUUGUCAACGAACGAAGCUGCUCCCAACCUGCGUAG